CCUAAAAACCCUCUCGUCUUCCUUCCCCUUUAUACUUGUUCCUUUUAUCUCUCCCGGCUCGGCGGCUGAGUUCAUUGUUCCGACACCACUAGAGAGUCUCCUUGCAAUUCUCCCGUCCUGUCUUCGUCUCUUAGAAACCUUAGUUUCGAGGUACCUUUUGGAGUCUACAAGACGAGGUCUUUCUAUUGCAAAACCAAAGAGGAUGUCGAGGAUCUGUGUGAAGAAUCUGCCUAAAGAAGUGGCAGAGGCUCGUCUUCGAGAUGUUUUCUCAAAGAAAGGAGAAAUCACUGAUGCUAAGUUAUUGCGCUCCAGCGAAGGUAAAAGUAGACAAAUGGCCUUUAUUGGAUUCCGUAGCGAACAAGAAGCUCAAGAAGCUAUUAAGUACUUCCACAACUCUUACCUUGAUACUUUCCGUAUCUCUGUUGAGAUUGCUCGUAAAGUCGGAGACGACAACGCUCCCCGUCCCUGGAGUCGUCAUUCACUCAAGAAACAAGAAAACAGUGGAAAGUCUUCAAACGGAGGAGGCUUAAACAAAAAGGAACAAGAGGUUGAUGAUGAUCCUAUGCGCCAGGAGUUUCUUGACGUUAUGCUCAGGGGUAAGUCCAAGAUUUGGUCCAACGACACGUCGGUUGCUCCAUCCGUUAAAGUCUCUAAGAAAGAGAAGGUCUUGGUGAAGAAAGCGGACGAGCCUGUUGUUGUUUCCGAGGCUGCUAAGAGGUCAUCAGAUACUGAAAAGAGUAAAAAGAAGAAGGUUGUUGCUCCCACUGAUGAUGUUGAUGAUUUGGAGUACUUCAAGAGUAGGGUUAAGAAAAACCUGUCGGAUUCGGACAGUGAUAGUGAAACUGGUAGUGAUGAAGAUGAAGAUGAAGCUGAUGAUGAUGAUGAUGGUGAAGCUGACGCAGACGGCGAUGAUGGUGACACUCGUAUCUUUCCCCUUGAUGGCGAUGAUGAUGAAGCUGGGGGAGCUGAGAAUGAUGGCGAUGAUGAUGCCAUGGAGGUAGAAGAUGGCAAGAUGGCUCAAGAUUCAAAAGUUGACAGUGAUGAUGUUCUCCAGACUGGUCGCCUUUUCGUCCGGAACCUCCCUUACACUGCAACGGAAGAAGAUCUUAUGGAACAUUUUAGCCCAUUCGGUGAGAUAUCGGAGGUCCAUCUUGUUGUUGACAGGGAGACAAAAAGGUCCAAAGGAGUUGCCUACAUCCUCUACCAGGUUCCCGAACAUGCAGCAAGGGCAAUGGAGGUAUUAGAUAACGAUUUUUUCCAGGGGCGGUUGCUGCAUGUUUUGCCGUCCAAGCCUCGUAUAACGUCUGAUAAACAAGCGGAUGACACUUCUAAUCUGGCUAAAACAUUCAAGCAAAAGAAGGAGGAACAAAGAAAGGCGUCUGAAGCCGGUGGAAACACAAAGGCUUGGAAUAGUUUGUUCAUGCGACAGGACACUAUUCUAGAUAACACAGUCAGGAUGUAUGGCGUAAGCAAGAGCGAGCUACUUGACCGUGAAUCUGAUGAUCCUGCUGUACGCUUAGCUCUGGCGGAAACGAAAGUGAUUGCGGAGACCAAAGAAUCCCUUGCUAAGGCUGGAGUAAAUGUAGCUUCCUUGGAAGCGUUCGCUGCAGGGAAAGGCGACGAGAAGAACCGAAGCAAACAUAUCCUCUUGGUUAAGAACUUACCAUUUGCUUCCACUGAAAAGGAACUGACACAAAUGUUUGGAAAAUUUGGAAUAGAGAAAAUUAUUCUCCCUCCAACGAAGACGAUGGCCUUGGUUGUUUUCCUUGAACCGGCUGAUGCACGUUCAGCUAUUAAGAAGAUGGCAUACAAGCGUUACAAAGAUGCUCCCCUGUAUCUGGAGUGGGCUCCCGCAGAUAUCCUUGAGCCGAAAGCACUUCCCGAGAAGAAUGAAGAGAAGAGCGUUACUGGAGGAAAUGAUGUGAGAAGAGUCAACUUGGAACAGGAGGUUAACCUCGAUCCUGACGUAACUGAGUCAAAUGUCCUUCAUGUUACUAAUCUGAGCUUCAAGACGACGGAUGAGGGUUUGAAGACGCAUUUGGAAGCCCUGGUGAAACAUGGAAAGAUUCUGAGUGUGAAGAUAAUGAAGCAUGUAAAGAAAGGGAAGAAUGUUUCAAGCGGUUAUGGUUUUCUCGAAUUCGACUCUGUAGAGACAGCGACCAGUGUCUGUAGAGAUCUUCAGGGAACUUCUGUGGAUGGGCAUGCUUUGAAGUUGAGGUUUACAGAACACAAGCGGAGGGACACGGUUGCGAAAGGCUCAGAAAAAAUUUCAACGAAGCUAAAUGUGAAAAAUGUACCUUUUGAGGCAACCGAGAAGGAACUAAGACAGCUUUUCAGUCCAUUUGGACAGAUCAAGGGCCUCAGGUAUCCAAAGAGGAAUUUUGGACAGCACGCAGGUUUUGCUUUCGUUGAAUACAUGACAAAGCAAGAAGCUUCAAACGCUAGGAAAGCAUUGGCCAGUACACAUUUGUACGGACGUCAUUUGGUGACCGAAUUUGCCAAAGAUGACAAUAGCAUGGAAGAGAAGAGGCGUCGUUCUGCUGCUAAGUAUGAGGAAAACGAAACUCCAAAGAGAAGGAAAACAGCUGAAUAGCCCAACAACCCCUCUGUUAAAAAGUUGUGUUGAACCAUGGUGUGAUGAAGUCUGUCCACUGUGAUUCUCCAUGGUUGAAAUUUUGCUCUGUACUGCCUUCAUCUACUUGUUUGAUUUUAUUUGUGUUUUUAAGAGAGAAAAAUGUGCGACAGACAGAUACUCUAUAGAAUUUCUUGUUUUCAGAA